CCGCGCGCCUCGGCGUCAGGGGCAUGGAGGAGCGGCGGGCUCGGAGCCGCGCCCCGGAGUCCCCGAAACUUCCGAGCAGGCGCUGGUCCGCGCCGCUGCAGCCGCCGCCGCCGCUUCACCUGCCGGCCUGAGAGCGGGACCAUGGAUGAAAGGUUCAACAAGUGGCUGCUGACGCCGGUGCUCACUCUCCUCUUCGUGGUCAUCAUGUACCAGUACGUGUCCCCCUCCUGCACCAGCUCCUGUACCAACUUCGGGGAGCAGCCCCGCGCGGGGGAGGCCCGCCCGCCGGCCGCCCCGAGUCCCGCCCGCCGGGCACAGGCGCCGCCGGAGGAGUGGGAGCGGCGGCCCCAGCUGCCGCCGCCUCCCCGGGGGCCGCCCGAAGGGACGCAGGGGGUUGCGGCGCCGGAGGACGAAGAAGAGGAGCCGGGGGACCCAGAGGAGGAGGAGGAGGAAGAGGAAGAGGAGCCGGACUCCGAGGCCCCCGAAAACGGGUCCCUGCCCCGGUUUGUGCCGCGCUUCAACUUCACCCUGAAGGACCUGACUCGCUUCGUGGAUUUCAACAUUAAAGGGCGCGACGUGAUCGUGUUCCUGCACAUCCAGAAGACCGGGGGCACUACGUUCGGCCGGCACCUGGUGAAGAACAUCCGGCUGGAGCAGCCCUGUAGUUGCAAAGCCGGCCAGAAGAAGUGCACCUGCCACCGGCCCGGCAAGAAGGAGACGUGGCUCUUCUCCCGCUUCUCCACCGGCUGGAGCUGCGGGCUGCAUGCAGACUGGACAGAGCUCACCAACUGCGUGCCGGCCAUCAUGGAGAAGAAGGACUGUCCCCGCAACCACAGCCACACCAGGAAUUUCUAUUACAUCACAAUGUUGCGGGAUCCAGUGUCACGUUACCUGAGCGAAUGGAAACACGUCCAGAGAGGGGCCACGUGGAAAACCUCUCUCCAUAUGUGUGAUGGAAGAAGCCCCACCCCAGACGAGCUGCCCACCUGCUACCCUGGGGACGACUGGUCUGGGGUCAGCUUGCGGGAGUUCAUGGACUGCAGCUACAACUUGGCCAAUAACCGCCAGGUGCGCAUGCUGGCCGACCUCAGCCUGGUGGGCUGCUACAACUUGACUUUCAUGAACGAGAGCGAAAGGAACACCAUCCUGUUGCAGAGCGCGAAGAGCAACCUGAAGAACAUGGCCUUCUUCGGGCUCACCGAGUUCCAGAGGAAGACACAGUUUCUCUUUGAGAGGACAUUCAACCUCAAGUUCAUCUCCCCCUUCACGCAGUUCAACAUCACGCGGGCUUCCAACGUGGAGAUCAACGAGGGCGCCCGCCAGCGCAUCGAGGAGCUGAACUUCUUAGACAUGCAGCUUUACGAGUUUGCAAAAGAUCUCUUCCAGCAGCGCUACCACCACGCCAAGCAGCUGGAGCACCAGAGGGACCGCCAAAAGCGGCGGGAGGAGCGGAGGCUGCAGCGGGAGCACCGGGCCCACCGGUGGUCCAAAGAGGAUGGAGCCACAGAGGGGACUGUGACGGAGGACUACAACAGCCAGGUGGUGAGAUGGUGACCCCCUGCCCACUCCUCCUUCGGGAGGGGAGGUGAGCAGGUGCACUGACCGCCUGCUGGAGAAGGUGGGCCAUUCCGAGGACCUCUGGCUUGAUGUGGCUGAAUGUGGACAUCGCUUCCUCUUGGUCUUCGUUUUUACCCAGCUGGAGAUUGUGGGCCUUGUUCGUUUUUUCUUGACGUUUUCAAUCAGUGACUUAAGUAGGGUAGGAAUGCAUCCUACAGAGACCACAUUUGAGGGGGAAGGAGAAGAAGCCGCUGAAGGAAGGGGUCUGUGUGAUCUUUGCAGCAUCGCAGGCGAUCCUUGGGGAACCCACAGAGACGCACGUGGAAAGCCCUGGCUUGGAUGUUCUGCUGAACCUGGUCUGUUUCACACUGUCUCUGUCGUGGAAAUAUUAGUCUUUUAAAGUGAGAGGAAGGGAAAGAGGCUUCUGUCCUGAGACGAGGUUCUACGCCAAGCCUCCCCUGACUGCUGGUUCUCGUCUUUGAACUCUGUUUGAAUGCUGUUUUGAUCAUAAGUAAUGUGUUUCGUUGCUGCAGUUGUUUUUCAACAAAAUCACUAACCAUCUCUAGAGACCCACAUCCCACCAACCCCGGCACCCGGGCUCUGAGCCAGGCUUCCUCCUCACCCUUUAGGAGACAGGGGGUGGACACGGGGCAGGGGUGGCUGUGGCUGAGAGAUGAACCUUGGUGGGGUUUUAGGGCACUGCUUAUUUACUGGCACCUGAGGGCAUCACACUGUAC